AAAAACCACACGGUGCUCAUCCUUCCAGCUCACAGUUUGAAUUCCUUCUUUCCUGUUCUCUUUCUUUCUUCAUCUCAAGAUUUUUUUUUUUAAAAAAAAACCUGAAUUUUAUCAAUGUUUUCAGGUAUGAAAUCAAGACUCAUGAAACUAAGGUAAACCUUUUUGUUGGUCAAUUUCCCUGGUCAACAAUGUAAUUUAGUACUACUUAUCUUUUAAAAGCUUCUUUUCAUAGUUUCCACCUUUUAAUUUGUUUUUUCCUUCUCAAAGUAAGAAAAAUUCAGCUUAGAACAUAUCCUGUAGCAUGUUCCUGGUAAGUGGUUAGAGUAGAACACAUUUAUGUUCUUUAUCUUUUGAACCUUGUUAUAUAAUAAUCUCAGCAUUAUCAUUGAAUUUCAUAGCUUCAACAAAGAGAGUUAUUUGUUAGACAUUAGGUUUUUGGAUAGCAGUCGUAGGACAAGUUCAUGGCAAAAAAUUGGUCUCAAUUCAAUGUUAAUAUGGAUACCUUCUUCUGUUUGGGUAUCCUUCUACAGUGUGAGAUUGUGUUUGCUAGUAUUCAAAGGGUAGGAAAGGUAUUUCCAGGUCUAGAAGGUUCUCAAAUGAAUUGGGUAGAUAGGGAUGGAAAGUUUCUUGUUUCCAACAAUAAAGAAUUCACCUUUGGGUUUGAUCGAACCCCUGAUAGAUUUGUGUUUGAUGAGAAGGGUAAUGCUUUUUUGCAGAAAGGGGGGAAAAUUGUUUGGUCUAGUGACACAGGUGGGAAAGGGGUUUCUUCAAUGGAAUUGAAGGACACUGGGAAUUUGGUUUUGAUUGGGAGUAAUGAUAGUGAAGUGAUUUGGCAGAGCUUCGAUGAUCCGACCGAUACAUUGCUUCCAAUGCAGGAAUUCCAUAAGGGAAUGAAACUUGUUAGUGAGCCUGAUUCUAACAACUUUACCUAUGUUCUUGAGAUUGGAACGUCCGGUGAUGUCACUCUUUCGGCCGUGUUACAAACUCUGCAACCAAUGCCAUAUUGGUCUAUGCAGAGUGAUAGCCGCAGAAUCGUCAAUAGAGGUGGCAAUGAGGUGGCUUCGGCAACCAUUGUUGCGAAUUCUUGGAGGUUCUAUGACAAGAAUAAGUCAUUGUUGUGGGAAUUUGUUUUCAAAGAUAAUGAGGCUGUGAAUGAUACUUGGACUGCAGUGUUGGGAAGUGAUGGUAUUAUCACAUUCUACAGUCUCCAAAAUCAAGGAUUGGAUGGCGUCGCGCCAAGAAGAAUUCCAGAAUAUUCUUGCAGCACACCGGAGCCUUGUGAUCCCUACAAUUUAUGCACCGGUGACAGAAAGUGCAGCUGUCCUUCUGUUCUAAGCUCUAGGCCUAAUUGCAAACCGGGUUUUGCCUCUCCUUGUAACUCGAAAGGUGCAAUUGAGCUAGUUAAGGCGGACGAUGGACUAAACUACUUUGCGCUCGGGUUCCUUCCACCCUUUUCGAGAACUGAUCUGAUUGGUUGCAAGACUUCCUGCAGUGAAAAUUGUUCAUGCCUUGCUAUGUUCUUCCAAGAAAGUUCAAGAAGUUGUUUUCUAUUGGAUUGGAUUGGAAGCUUUGAGAAGUCCGAUAAGGAUACUGGUUUUGUCUCUUACAUUAAGGUCUCCAGGGAUGGUGGCACUGACAAAGGUGAUGGUGGAAAUAGUAAUAAGCAAACCGUGAUUGUUGUGAUAAUUGUGGUUUUAACAUUGCUUGUUAUUUCUGGUAUGAUCUUUCUUGGCCUAAGAUACUACAAGAAAAGUGAACAUUCAGCCGAGACUCCCCAAGAGAAUUCGGAUGGUGACACUUUCUUGGAGAACUUAACUGGCAUGCCAAUUCGCUCUGGCUACAAUGAUCUUGAAAUCGCGACUAAUAACUUCUCUGAGAAGCUUGGGCAAGGGGGUUUCGGCUCGGUUUACAAAGGAGUCCUACCAAAUGGAACAGAACUAGCUGUGAAAAAGUUGGAAGGAAUUGGCCAGGGGAAGAGAGAGUUCAGAGCUGAAGUUAGCAUAAUUGGUAGCAUUCAUCAUCACCAUCUGGUUCGGCUUAAAGGAUUUUGCGCCGAAGGAACUCACCGGCUUCUUGCUUAUGAGUACAUGGCUAAUGGCUCCUUGGAUAAAUGGAUAUUCAACAAAAACAAUGCAGAAUUUUCAUUGGAUUGGGACACAAGGUUCAAUAUAGCGCUUGGAACUGCGAAAGGACUCGCAUACCUUCAUGAAGAUUGUGACUCAAAGAUUGUUCAUUGUGAUAUCAAACCAGAAAAUGUGCUUCUAGAUGAGAACUUCAAUGCCAAAGUUUCAGAUUUUGGUCUAGCUAAGCUCAUGACGCGCGAACAAAGCCAUGUUUUCACAACACUAAGGGGGACUCGAGGGUAUCUCGCCCCUGAGUGGAUAACAAACUACGCCAUAUCAGAGAAGAGUGAUGUAUACAGCUAUGGUAUGGUUUUGUUAGAGAUAAUUGGCGGCCGGAAAAACUAUGAUCCGGCCGAAAGCUCGGAGAAAUCCUAUUUCCCAUAUUUUACAUUCAAGAUGAUGGAAGAAGGGAAACUAAGAGACAUUGUUGAUUCAGAAUUGAAAGCAUAUGAAGAUGAUGAGAGGGUAGACAUUGCAAUCAAAGUUGCAUUGUGGUGCAUACAAGAAGACAUGAAUCUAAGGCCUUCAAUGAGCAAAGUUGUGCAAAUGCUUGAAGGUCUUUGCACUGUUCCUAAGCCACCAUCAAGAUUUUCUCCAUUAGGAUCUAACAUUCACUCAAUUCCUUUUUCUAUGUCAACUAGUGAGGCUGGAACUUCUUCAUCAGCACCAUCAGAUACUAACACUGAAGCUUUUCUCCGUGGGGUUCAACUUUCAGGGCCAAGAUAAGUAGAUAACACUAUAAUUCUACCUUUUUUUUUUGUUUCUCUCUUUUCAUAACCUUUUUGUUUUUGAGGUGUUAAAUGAAAAAGGUGUCAGUUGUAGACGGUUAGAUAAGUAGUUACUUGUGCAGACUUUGCACAUAU